AUGGCAGCAGGAAUGACCUCCGCGAACACCCGCUCUGUUUACCCCGAGAUGUCACCCUCCAUUAUGGAUUAACGCCUUCUCUCUCGCACAAGGUUAGCGCCCGCCCGCCCGCCAACCCGCCCACGACGAGCAGCGAGAGAUGCGCCAUGGCCACUGAGAGCAGCGGCCCCGCAGGAGACGGCGCUCGGGAGGGAAGGACCGCGGGGAUGGUGGUGGCCGGUUUGGGCAGGAUGAACCAAGACCAGUUUCUGCUGAAGUGGAACAACCACCAGAAUAAUUUUGUCGAAGUGUUUAGCUUUUUACGUACGCAGGAUGCUUUUGUCGACGUUACCCUCGCCUGUGAUGGGAAGACAUUUUCAGCUCACAAGGUUGUACUCUCUGCGUGUUCGCCAUAUUUCCAGACGCUCUUUCAGACUAACCCUUGCAAGCACCCGAUUGUGUUCCUCAAGGAUGUCAAAGGACAAGAGCUGGAGGCUCUUAUAGAAUUUAUUUAUAAAGGAGAAGUGAGUGUAUCACAGUCUGAACUAGCUUCUCUGAUAAGUACGGCUGAAAAUUUAAAGAUAAAGGGUCUUGCAGAACCAGAAAGACCAACAGAAAAGACUGUUAAAAGAAUAGCCUCCCCUCCCAGACCUCAGCCCCCUCCCCUUCCCCCCCAGCCAGCCCCUGCCACACCUGUAGGGGUGACGCAGCAUCACCAGGUGUCAAAAUACCCUCAAUCUAGUCCUGUCGCUAAGCGGAAAAAAACAGAACAGUUCAAUGUACAGAGUAGUUAUGUUGGUGUUAGAGAGAACCAGGAGGAGGUUGUGACUGUUGAAGCGGGCAAUGGCGAGAACUUGAGCCUCCGCGGUGAGAACCUGAGCCUCCGUGGCGAGAACCUAAGCAUCCGCGGAGAUCACCCGGCCCCGCAGGUGGUGUUAGUGCCCUCCCACGAGCCCGCGCACCAGCCGGAAGUUGCGCCCCAUACGCCACAGCCUUACGCUAGUCACCACGGUCCCAUCACCGCGUCGGAGGGGGUCCUGUACUCGGUCUCAGGGACGGCCAUCUACGCGGGCACAGCACAGGUCAGCUCGUCGAGCAGAGGGGAGCAGGUCACGAGAGAAGUGUACCCGCAGGGCGAUCAGUAUCACAGCAGUGACGAGGGAACCUUGCCCGGGCCCUCAGGUGUCCAGACGCAACCACAUGCGGAGGCUUCGAUGACCAUAAAGCUGGAGCCCACGAGCGCAGGAGUGUCUGCCGAGACCUGGGAAGGGAGCAACCAGAGCUACGAGGAUGGAGGGGGGGGCAUUGGGGGGAGCGGGAGUGGGCCUGGGGUGGUGCCAACGAGCAGCGACCCCCUCACGAUGCAGCUCCCCCUCCAUUCGGACAUGACCGAAUCCUCGCAGCUCCACGACUCCUCGAGAGGGCAGGGGGAAGGGGAGACAGAGGGAGCGAAGGGUAGGGGCUUUCUGUGUACGUUCUGCGGCACACACAUCAGGCGAAGCGACAACUACCACAGACACAUGCGAAAGCACUCGGGGGAGGCACGCUUCCUGUGCACGGUCUGCCUAAAGCCAUUUUCCCGUUCGGAUGCUCUAAACGCUCACAUGGCCAAACGGCACCCGAGCCACAAAGACGGGAUCUCGUCGUGAGGCCGUGCAAGGGUACUGACUCGUAGAAAGGACAGGGGUUGCAAGAGUUGUUUUGUUUUUUCUCAAUAUCUUUUUUAUUAUUUACUUUUAUUAUUCUUAUUCUUGUUAUUGUUACUAAUAUUGACAUCAAUAUUUUCCUUGCACUUUUUCAUGAUUAUAGAGUAUGGUUUUGAUAUCGUGUUUUUAAUGACUCUUGGGUUUUAGAAAAAAAGAGAAAAAAAAUUAUAGAUAUCAUUGUCCAGUGUUUUUCUUCUAAUGACUUUUUACCCAGAUGUUUUCAAAACCACAAGUGUAGUGUCAGGUAUCCAAAGCAGUGUGAAUAAUUAGAUGGGAGUCUUAUAUAAAGUGUAUAGAUAAAGCACAAGAAAGAAGGGGAGGAAACUCAAGAAAGUAUGAUGAGGGAUCAAAUCUCAGACCAUUUUGUACCUGUGUCAGUCUGUGGCUGUGCGUUUCCUUUCCUUUCACCAAACUACAUUUCCAUUGAAUCGGUUUUCCUUAGGUAUUUCCUUAGGCCAGACUAUGCAUUAUUGUAGAGAUCUUGUAAACAUGUUAACAUUUUUACUGUUGCUGUUUUCUAUUCUAGUCAGAGACACUCUUUAUAUGAAGUUACUUAUAGGACAGUGUUUUAUAGAUUUCUUUUUGAGAAAUUAUGUGUAGAUCAGUGUUUUAGAGAUAUGUGAUGUUCAAGAUAGCUCUCUCUUGAAAAUUUAUAUUUUUAACCUAAUGCUGCCAGGGAUGGUACAUGCCAUGACCAAUGUAAUUUAAGUAUUUAAUUGCUUUUUACACAUAGAUGAAUCUCAGCCCAAUGCCACCUGGACAUGACAUGUAUGUACUUGCCAUGCCCACUGUGAGUUUACUUGUUUAAUUGUUUUUACACAGAUGGCUACGCUUGUACUAAGUCACCAAUGAGGCAAUUAAGAGUACUGCCUGUCUCGCCUGUUUACCCGUUUUCCUUGAUUUGCAAAAAUAUUUUACGUUAUAGUAUAUUACUGUCACUAAUGUCUAUAACAUUACACUAAUUAUAAUGUCUAUAGUAUAAAUAAUACCAUUUGAUAUUCAUAGCAUUAGUUAGAAAAAAAAAAAAAUGUUUUUCCUGCCAGUUAAAAGAGAGGUGAAAUCAGGUAAGGUCACAAGGUCUACAUAUUGACUCCUUUGUGGCUAAGCACUUGCAGAGCCUCCUAUGAGCUCAGCAUUUUCCCGCCGGUAUUGGGUUUGCAUUCAAGGAGUCAAUAACUAGUGCUACCUAUCUUACCUUUUCCCUUGAUUUUACGAAAUGUUUCCUUUUAUUCUUUAUUGGUAUUAUGUUAAUAGCACAGUAAUGAUUAUAAUGUCAGUAAUGAUAAUAACCGCAUAGAUAUUGAUUAAAAAAUAAUAAAUAAAUCAAGGAAAGGUGAAAUCAGGUGGGGUCACAAGGUCAAAGGUCAAGUGAUCAACUCCUUGGUGACAGAGCAUUGGCUGAGCCAUCUGUGCGUAGAGAAAUUUCUCAAAACGCUCCAGCAAGCGUCACAUCUUCCUCGGCAGAAUUGGGUUGAUCCAGUGAUAGAGCAAGUGGCUUUCAUUAAUUGUUUGGGAAACUUUUUGUAUCCUAAAACUUUUCAAGGGUA